AUGUCGCUUGGUCCUUUACCGCUGCACCAGGUCCGUUUUAGGGUCGCCUCGACAUACGGGUUUUGGACAGCUCUCAGGACGCAGAGUCCAUCAAUUCCACUGCUACGAGUUGGUUAUAGUGAUGCAGCUCAGACUAAAUGCCCGAUAAAGCUGAGGUCCCACCACAAGAACUCUCGAACGUUUCCAACUGAGCUACGGUCCUUCAUCGUGAAAAACAUGAAGUCCGCAGAAGUCGGGAGUUUAGGUUGGGUGACUCUCAAAUUUGAAAAUAGCGCAUAUUAUAUUUAUUCGGGUAUUCGCUUGCGGGAUGCGUGUACUUGUGCCAAGUGCGUGGAUUCGUCAACUAAGCAACGAUGCUUCCGCAUGUCAGAUAUACCCGUGGGCAUUAAGGCGAGGACUGCCGAGGUUCAAAAUGGCAAACUGGUUGUGACAUGGAGAAAUGACAUUGCUGGUUAUGACGAAUCUCAUAUCUCUACGUAUUCCGCUGAUCAAUUGACUACCCUGUCUGCUGGUGAAAAGUAUUUCCGAUCCAAGAUUCGAAAGCGCACAUCGUGGGAUAAAUCGCUCAUUGAAAAACAUCAGCAUUGGGUAUCAUUCAAGGAUUAUAUGGAAGAUGAGACCAAGUUUGCCUUGGCUAUGCGUAGUUUGAAUGAGUUUGGCAUAUUGUUUGUUAAAGAUAUCCCGGAGUCAGCAGAGAUGGUUGAGAAGAUUGCGACACGCAUGGGCCCGCUGCGUAACUCCUUUUACGGCGACACAUGGGAUGUGCGCAGUGUUCCAGAUGCCAAAAACAUCGCUUAUACAAACAAGCACCUUGACUUUCACAUGGACUUGUUAUACAUGAAAGACCCACCGGGAUAUCAAUUACUGCAUUGUCUACGAAAUUCUUUCUCGGGCGGCGAAUCCCUUUUCUCAGACACACUACAGGCCGCAGUAAAUCUGUUAAACAACAACCCCUAUUACUUCGAGACUCUUUGCAAUGUUCCCACCCGCUUCGAGUACAAGAACAACAACCAGCAUUACGAAUACUCCCACCGGACAAUCGAGAUCGACGGCGAGGGAGUGUGGCUAACCGACUCUUCCGGAAAAACAUUUCGCGCUUACAUUAAACGUGUCAACUAUUCCCCGCCGUUCCAGGCACCUAGCUACCUUUCAGAAAGCCUGAAGGAGCACCAGGAUGUAAUAAAGUACAUCAAGGCUAUGCAUGCCUUUGCUACAGAGAUAUCAAAGCCCGAAAACAUAUUACAGGUUAAGCUGGAACCCGGGCAAUGUGUCAUAUUUCAGAACCGCCGCGUGGUCCAUGCGCGAAAUGCAUUUGAUUUGUCUUCUGCGAGCGACGGGAAGAGCAGCGAUGAGCGAUGGCUGCGCGGUGCGUAUGUGGACGAAGAUGCUCUGAGAUCGAAGUUCCGCAUAAUCAGUGAACAGUUUCCUGAAAUUUCGACUAAGCGCAUAGUUCCCCGUCCUGGGGAAGUCGUCCCCAAUGAGGAGGUCGCAAAUGAAGACAAUCAAACGUAG